CGAAGCUUUGUGGGUAGCCAGCCGGGGGGUCUCCUGGCGACGACGAUGGCGGGGGAUGUGGGCGGUCGCAGCUGCAAGGACUCGGAGCUGCUGCUGCACCCGGAGCUGCUGUCGCAGGAGUUCCUUCUCCUCACGCUGGAGCAGAAAAACAUAAGUGUUGAAAACGACGCACGAAUAAACAAAGACGAUCUCACCGAUCUCUAUGUCCAGCAUGCAAUCCCGCUGCCUAGGAGGGAGUUGCCGAAGAACAGGUGGGGCAGAAUGAUGGAAAAGAAGAGAGAGCAACAUGAGAACAAAGCUGAGGCCAGAAGGGAUAACACUGUAGAUGGAUUAAGAAAAAGACCCCUCAUUGUGUUUGAUGGAAGCUCAACAAGUACAAGCAUAAAAGUGAGAAAAACAGAAAAUGGAGAUAACGAGCGACUUAAGCCGCCCCCUCAAGCAAGCUUUACCAGCAGUGCCUUUCGAAAAUUAUCAAAUUCUUCAAAUGUUUCACCCUUAACUCUGUCUCCCAAUUUGCCUAUGAACAAUAAAAUGGAACACAGUGAUAAUGACACUAAGCAGAAUCAUGACCUAACACAUAGCAAAAGCCCUUCCUGUGUCAAGUCCCCACCCUUGUCCCCUGUCGGAACUACGCCUGUGAAGUUAAAGCGAGCCGCCCCGAAGGAAGACGCAGAAGCUAUGAAUAGCCUGAAGCCUCCGGAAGCAAAGAGGAAGAUACAGCAUGUCACAUGGCCAUGAAGGAAAGUUUCCAGAAAUGUAAAUAUAACUGUAAUUGUAGUUUUUCAAGCAGGUUCACUUAUAUUGACAGUAUUCACAGAGAUCCCGAUUAUUGUGGCAUUUUCUUUAAGAAAUUUAAAAAUAGGUUUAGAAGAAUAGUAUUUUUUUUUUCUCCUCCUUUUUCAAAGAUUCUUGCCUUUCAUCUCUGGAUAAGCAAAGAAUUUGUUUUUAAAGCAGUGGCUUCAUAUGCAUUUAUGUUUACACUAGUCGAAGCAUUAGCUGCAAGUCUGGUAUAAAACAUCUAAUGGAUUUUAGAAAUUAUAGUCUCUUACAGUCUUUGGGAAAAUCUGAGAUUUUUUUUUAAACUCAGAUGUUUUACAUGUUUUUCAUUUUUAUUAAAGCAGAAGCGUAGAACAGUUAAUCACAGUAUUUUCAUAACUCCUGCCACACUCACCCUCCCAUCUUCACCAAGAAAAUGUUUUGUAGUGUUGCUGCGGAGCCCUUCAGAACGGACAGCUAAAACCACAGCUGCUGAUCGCUUCUUCCCGCCCGGAGAAGGGCCGGUCAGCGCUCACUAAGCCGCCUCCCCCUGAGCCGCACACGGAGCUGACCCAUGGUGACCGCACUGACCCUUCGCGAGUGUGUGCCUGUCCAGGCGUCUGUCGCAGCGGCUCGGCAGGAGCAGCCCGUGGUCUCUCUGUGAGCUGAGCCGUUUCUCCCUCCUGGCAGCCUAAUCCUUUCCCAGUGAAGUUGAUCUAACAGGGUGAAUAAACAUGUUGGCAGUGGGACCCGAUGGUGGUGAGUGUAGAGGUAAGGAGGCCUGUAAGAAUUCUGGAGCGUAGGAGAUUCCAGGACGUGUUGGGGGGAGCCUCAGGCUGGUCUGGGGGAGCUGCACAGGAGGAGCUCCUGGAGCCGCAGACGGCUCAGCGGACUGGCCGCUGGGCAGCGGACAGACGGAAGGACCUGGCAGGUUUCCUCAUUCGUUUUUUGUUCAGGUGAUACUGUCACUAUGAUUAGCGAGUGAAAAUCCGUGAGAAAAUAGCUUGCCUUUGUGACUGUGAGUUCUAGUACCUACUUUGCCCCUGUGUGUUUCUAAUGAAAAGCAAAAUAUGCUUUCUGCUUUUCUCUGUGGGUGGUUGAUGCUCAGCACGUUUUAGAGGAUUCUCCUCUGCCGAUUGGUUGAAACAAGCAUUGUAGUUUGUUUAUUGCAUAGCCUUGCAAAAAUGAAUUCAGCCUUGCAGGUAACGAGUGUACAAAGACUCUAACCCAGUGGUGUUUAGCCACUCUGCCCUUAUUUCAGACUCUAAAUUUGUAAACAGAUGAUGCAGUUGUUAUGCAAACAUAUUGAGUGUUGUACAAAUUGUUAGCGUUACAGUAAACUGUUAAAUGUGUAAUUAUCUGCAGGGCUGAUCGAUGAGGUAUUGGUGAUGGGCAACUGUGAUCCCAUCCGUAAAUACAUGCUAAGAGGGAUUUUUCAAAG